UUAACACGUAUAAGAGAACUCGCGAAACGAAAGCUGGCGUCCGCUGGCACAAGAAUGAUUCACAUCCUGAUGGAUGUGCGGCCGGCGAGCCAAUGGCAGUAUACCGUCUGCCACGUUUCAAGGUGGCAGGGGCUCGUCACGCGUAUGUGGGAAACAGUCGGCGCGCCGUGGCAAGCGCUUCCUGCACGUUGCACCGUGCCGCGAGCCGUCCUCUCCGUCCUCCCCGGCAGACGAGAAAAUGCACGUACUACGGCAGCUGGACGUGCACCCGAAAGUACGCGAGGAGGCCGACAUUCUCGUGAGGACCUUCAGCGGUGCGAUCGUUACGAUCAUUAGUACAAUCAUCAUGGGCAUACUGUUCAUGUCAGAGGUGAACUAUUACCUUACACCGACCAUGAGCGAGGAGUUAUUUGUAGAUACGUCCAGGAGUUCCAAAUUGAGGAUCAAUUUGGACAUAAUAGUCCCCACAAUAUCUUGCGACCUUUUAUCGAUAGACGCGAUGGACACGACCGGCGAGCAACACUUGCAAAUAGAGCACAAUAUUUUCAAGAGACGACUAGACUUAAACGGUAAACCCAUCGAGGACCCACAAAGGACGAAUAUUACAGACACAAAAGCUGUCAGUAAAACUACAGAGAAGGCAGCGGAGGUCGCCUCUACCACAGAAGAGUGUGGGGAUUGCUACGGCGCCGGCACGGAGUUGCUAAAGUGUUGCAACACCUGCGAGGAGGUGCGGGAAGCUUACAGACUGAAAAAGUGGGCCCCGCCGGAACCCUCCGAUAUCAAACAGUGCCAAAACGACAAGGCGAUGGAAAAAAUCAAGCACGCCUUCACGCAAGGCUGCCAAAUCUAUGGGUAUAUGGAAGUGAAUAGAGUCGGUGGUAGCUUCCACAUUGCGCCGGGUAACAGCUUCUCCGUCAAUCACGUUCAUGUGCACGACGUUCAGCCUUACACUACCACUCACUUCAAUAUGACGCAUAAGAUUAGGCAUUUGAGUUUCGGGCUCAACAUCCCUGGGAAGACAAAUCCUAUGGAUGACACCACUGUAGUCGCCAUGGAAGGCGCUAUGAUGUUUUACCAUUACAUCAAGAUUGUCCCAACAACGUACGUCCGUGCGGAUGGCUCGACCCUGUUCACAAAUCAAUUCUCUGUGACGCGACACGCAAAGCAAGUGUCAAUGGUCACUGGCGAGUCUGGGAUGCCGGGUAUAUUCUUCAGUUACGAGCUCAGUCCACUCAUGGUAAAAUACACGGAAAAGGCGAAGUCAUUCGGGCACUUUGCGACGAACACUUGCGCGAUCAUCGGCGGUGUGUUCACCGUCGCUGGACUAAUUGAUUCGUUGCUCUAUCAUUCAGUACGCGCGAUACAGAAGAAGAUAGAGCUAGGCAAAUACAAUUAAUACUUGGGCCCAAUUGCGAUAACACUGAUUACCGCUAAUCCUGAUUCUAUUUUUACCCCUUUCGCCAAUGCGCUGUUAUUUUAAACGUUAAUCGACUUUUCGAGAUUUUCGUGAUACAUAAAUUUAUGAUAAGAAACAUGAGCUGCUGACAAUGAAUUGGGAUUAGUGUCAAUCGCUGAUGCAAUACAGCCUUAGGUAAAUAAUUAAGUUACGAUUACGAAAAGUAUUAUUAAGAGUCGCGUUGCAUCGUGAGCAUCGAUUUUUUCACACUGACGACCGAAUUUUCUGACACGGAUUCUCAUUGCACAUUAUUUAGCAUUAAUUGUCGAUUCUGGUUUUAUAUUACAUAUAGCCCUUAAGUGACGUAAAAUUCGAGACUACAUAGCGAUAUUUAGCAUCAUGUGUAUAAUACAAUUCCGAAUAUUGCUCAUUUCUUCGCAGUGCAUGGAUGUAAAGAAAUAUAAGUUACGCGGAAUACAAGUAAUGACGUAUGCGUAAGUAAUGCGCUGACAUUUAUCACCUGAUCUUUUAUCUCAAAGACGACCAUGAUAAUAAUGCUGCUCAUAACUACUGAUUGAGACUAAUGACAUUAAUGUAAAAAAGUCACUUGUAUAUGAUGUGUACAUAAAUAUACAAAAGAGAAUUAAACUCUUAUGGGAAUG